AUGAGUGCUGAGCUAGAUCCAUCAGAUUUUACUGAAGGACCAUGCUAUCAUGUCCUCGCCGAAGAUAGGAGUUGCAGCAACAGACUUCCCGAAUUGUAUACGAAAGAUGAAUGCUGCAAUUUGAAAAAGAAACAGUUGAGUGUCGGUUGGGGUGAAUUGUGUGAGCCAUGUCCUAGAGCUUCGGAGAAUCGUGAAGGCGAAGACACAGGAGGAAGACGUGGAUUUCAGGAAAAUUAUUUCAGAAUACGGCUCCCUUCUAAUUCUAUUCCCGGUUCCGCCAAUGUUUCUGUAUCAGUAACAGGAAAGUAUCUUGAAGGUACCAUACCAAUUCAGUACAAUGUCAGAAAUAUGCUUAAAAUACCAGGAGGACCUGGAGAAGAGAACAUGAUCAAGUUCGGGCCCAACGUCGCAGUAAUAAAGUAUCUCAAGCACAGUCGCAGGCUGAACAAAGCUGAAACUUCGAGAAGACUAUUUCUUAUAAGACGAUCUUAUCAGCAUCAGUUAAAUUUCAGGACCAGCGAAGGCGGUUUUGCAACAAGUAAAAGACAUGUGACUGUUACCUGGCUAACGGCAUUCGUGCUCAGGACAAUGUGUGGUGCAUUGGAUCUCAUAUUCAUCGAUCCUAGAGUAAUCACGGGCGCACAAAACUUUUUGAUAAAGCGUCAAAACACGUCUGGAGAAUUUUACGAAAGUGGACUUGUCAAGGACUACAUAAGGGGUCGGCAUCGUCAAACACCUGCUUCUCUCACUUCUUACGUUGUCGUGAGCCUUCUCGAGUGCUGUCAUCAGCCUAAGUACAGAAUACCACAAGAUGUAAAAGAUGGAAUUUGUGAAGCAGUAGCUUUCCUAGAGAACGAAGUGACAGCCGGACGCGUCACUGAUGAACACACAAAAGCUGUAGUCUAUUAUGCCCUUGUACUAGCUUGCACCAACUGCACAACCUGCAAUUGCAGUGAGGAGGCGAGAAGUACUCUUUUGAAUGAACUUAUGAGGUCUUCCAUACAAAGGUAUGGAAUGACAUACUGGGUUGGAAAUUCUACUCAACUUACUCCUCCCAGAGCCGAAUCGAUUGAAAUAACGUCUUACAUGCUAUGCGCAUAUAUUGCACAGAACAAUGUCGAUUGUGCUAGACCAAUUGCAAAAUGGGUAAACACUGCACGCAGUGGACGAGGAGCUUUCAGGACAACUCAAGACACAACCAUAGCGCUAAAGUGCCUAGCCGAUUUUGCAUCGUAUCUAACGCAGGAUCGCAAUAUGAGAGUGACUGUGACGGAUUUGGACGACAGCUUUGAACGUGUUGUUACAAUAGAUAACAACAACAGAGACGUUGACCAGCAACUAUACAUACCAAUCACAGAUGGUGUAAUCAAAGUGAAAACUGAAGGAACGGGUCUUGGAUUGGUACAAGUGCAAGUUAGCUACAACGUUCCUGAUUUGGAAGCUGAAGACUGCAGCUUUGAUUUCACGGUUUCAGCUAAGUUUGGAGACAAGAAGUCUAAAGACCUCCUUAUAAAAGCUUGCGCAAAGUAUAUAUAA